CGAGAAGUUGCAGUGCCCUCGAAGAAAGCCACAGCUAACCCGGUGCGAGCUGAACCCGUGCAAGCUGCACCCGCACCAACGACAGCCCAGCCAAAGCAGGCCCUACCGACUCCGACCCCAACGGAAGCCCAGCCAAAGCAGGCCCUACCGACUCCGACCCCAACCAAAGCCCAGCCAAAGCAAGCCACACCGACGCCGACCCCAACGAAAACCCAGCCGAAGCAGGCCGCACCGACUCCGACCCCGACGAAAGCCCAGCCUGGAAAGCAGCCCGCAGCACCAGCCAGCAGCCUCAAUGUCAUGGGCCGUCCGCCAGCCUCGGGACAAGCCGGCAGCACUAAAGUUCCUGUGCAGAUGAAGGAGCCUCCCCAGACACCCGGAAAGCCCGGCAUCCAGAGCUCGAGUGCCCCGAGCCAACCUGGGGACAUGGAUGUUUGCAUGAGCCCAGCGGUGCCAAAGGCCGCAAGCCCAGUAGUCAAGGAUGUGCACAUGUCCGGUUGCACGCCAACCCCUGCCAAAGCUGGCACCCCUUACAAGCCAGGGUACACCCCAGUCAAGAGCCCGGACUACAAGAAAGCCCGCAAGAUGCUCUUCGAAGAUGAAGCCGAGGUGCCGUGUGCCACGUCUACGCCUGAUCAUGAAGCAGUGGCCAUGACGCCUGCAGCUGCAGGCCUGCCGAGACCUUCGAUGCGACGGCCGGACAGCUGCACGACGGUGCCCGUGGGUCGCUCGUCGUCCACAUUGGUGCUGGGCGACUUCGGCGAUGGUGCCGAUGCAGAGGAGCCGGCGACGUCGGUCAGGAGAGUUGUCUUCGAAGGCUACUUUGGAAUGAGGUGUCAAGGCGGCAAGGACGACGACUGGCCGGACCUUCAUGAAGUCCCAGGGGCAUCCGAAAUGCUGGUUUGGAUGCGGCAAGCUCUCCCGCGAGAUGCGGCACAGGGCAUCGUGAGCUUCGCUGACUGCCCACCCAACCUGGUUUUGGAUAUGGCCGGCCUUCCGCACCGGCUUGGACUCGUGAACCAGGCUUGGCUUCAGGUCGCAGUGUACGAGCAGCAGCAGGCCAAAAUCGAGGCCUUGACAAAGGCCGUGAACGCCCAGGCCGAGCAGACGGUCCACAAGAUGAAGAAGCAGCUGGAGGACGGCAACUUGAGCGAGGACCUGCUGCACAAACGUGCUACAGCCACGGAGCUGUGGAGGAGCAAGAAGAUGGAAGAGAUCCAGGCCCACCUGGAUAAGAGCGAGAUAGCGGCACUCGUGGCCAUCGACAAGGCAGUCGGCGGCUUGUUGCAGAUGUGGGCCCUCUACCGGGAUCUUGCUGCAAGCACGCUCGAAAACGACAUGGCCGAGCAGCUCUUCAUGAACGAGCUGGAUGAAGCUAUGGCCAACUUCAGCCUAGAGGAGGCCUGG